AUGGCCCUCCCUGAGUCAAUCGCUUUUCCUCCUACCCUGGUUUGGGACUUUGCUUUGUUCCUAGCUCUGAGGGAACCCAUCCAGCCUGAUGCCAUCACUGUAGCAGCCCUUGGGAGAGAGGCAAAUAUCUAUUGCAACUUCCCGCUCUCGAUGGAUGUUUUGCAAGUCACCUGGCAGAAGAGAAAUGAGAUUUCCUUCCAGAACACGAAUUCCAGCCCAAUACACGGGAUGAGGCUAAUAGGGUCAUUUCAGAAGGUAUGUUUCACUAGAGCAACCCCAAAGGCCUCAGCUACCUUCCAAAAUCUCACACUUGAGGAGGACUCUUAUUACAGACGCAUUUUCAACGUGUUCAGUCACGGUUCCUUCAGCAAAGAGAUACACCUCAACAUCCAAAAUGUUCAGAAGAGUGCAGUCAGCAUCACAUCAAUAUUAAUAGCUGUAUUGCUCUCACCAGUCUUGAUUUAUCGUGUCAUGAGACUAAGUAACAGCAUACAGAACAAGCAGAAGACAGACGGUGCACCCCGAACUCCUGCAAAGGAGACAGACUUACAGCAAGACCUAGGUGAGAGAGCCACUCUGAGCCUGCACACACCAGAAGACCAGCACUUCACUUACCAAAAUGAGUUCUAUCAGCGCAAGAUCUUAAUCGAACGACAGAAAAAUGGCAGAGAGAUUGCCCAGUAUCACUGCUGCUGCCUCUUUUCCUCGCCACCCAACAGGAAGGUAGCAGCGAAAGCAGAAGACCACUCCCGACUACAUAAGAGUUAG